AUGUCGAACGAUGGCCAACCAUGCCAGUGUGUCUCCGCCCGCUCCAGCGCCAUUACAAUGGGCUUAGAUCUUCAUGUUAAUUACAUGCGGAUGGCUACCAAGCUUGCGAGGUACGCUUUGGACCACGAUGAAACUCCUGUUGCAUGUAUUUUUGUUCACACGCCCACUGAUCAAGUUCUAGCGUACGGGAUGAACGACACGAAUAGAUCGCUGUCAGGAGUUGCACACGCUGAGUUCAUGGGCAUUGCCCAAAUACAAGAGAAAUUCGGGGCUCAGAACACAGCAAUCUUCAAAGACGUAACCCUAUAUGUAACAGUCGAGCCAUGCAUCAUGUGCGCAUCGGCAUUGAAGCAACUGGGGAUUCAGAAAGUCGUCUUUGGAUGUGGCAACGAACGGUUUGGUGGGAACGGGUCAAUUCUGUCCAUUCACCGAGAUUCAUGUACCGUCCCUCAGAAUAAACACGAACUGAUACCUGGGGUUCUGAGAAAAGAGGCCAUCAUGCUCCUUCGAUAUUUUUACGUGCGAGAAAACGAACGUUCUCCCAAGCCGCGGGCCAAGGCGAACCGAAAACUUGAUGUCUCUGUAUUUCCACCCAUGAAUUGGGGCCUAUACCUUACUCGAAGCGAAUUCGAGGAAAUAUUCGGGGCUUCGAAGAUAGAAUAUUUCGACAAGAGCUUAGAUUUGAGCACACAUGUCGAUUGGAGCCUCAUUGAUUGUAACCAAGAUAUAUUCUUUCAGAACCUUAAGGUCGAAUGUGAGCUAUUUUCGCUACAAGUUGCCAAGAAACCUAAACCGCAAACCAUAAGUUCAUAA